AUGAAGGAACAAAGCACAUUUGGAAAGUCUGAUCUCAAGGACAGAGCAUCUCGCAUACCUCCAACUGAGGCCGGCUUUCUAACCAGGAGGGAUAAGCAAGUUAUACAGCACUUGGCUCCUGACUUACUGUGGGGAGCUCCAGCCCAAAUCUUUCUGGCUGGAGAUAGCAAUGGCCUACUUACCAACAAAAUGUCAAUACCUGAAACAGAGGAAGAGCCCCUUGCAGACCAGGAAAAGGGCAGAGCAGUGAAUGAUGAUGUCCUUGAUGUUACAGAGGACAUGGAGAAGGAAAUCAGUGAUGCACUAGGCCCAGGGCCACAAGACGAAAUCCUAAGUAGUGCAUUCAAAUUGCAAAUUACUCGAAGAGACAUCCAGACACUGGAGGAUGGUCAAUGGCUCAACGAUGAAGUUAUUAACUUCUACAUGAAUCUUCUAGUGGAAAGAAGUCAAAGUCAAGGCUAUCCAGAACUUCAUGUGUUUAACACUUUUUUUUACCCCAAAUUAAAGUAUGGGGGUUAUAGUUCUGUCAAAAGAUGGACUCGGGGAGUAAAUCUCUUUGCAAAAGAACUGAUUCUGGUACCUAUUCAUCGGAAGGUGCAUUGGAGCCUGGUGGUCAUAGACCUCAGAAAAAAGAGCAUUGUAUACUUGGAUUCAAUGGGACAGAAAGGAGAGAGUAUCUGCAAAAUAAUUUUCCAAUAUUUGCAAAAUGAGAGCAAAACUCGGAGGAAUAUUGAUCUGAACCCUUUGGAGUGGAAGCAAUUUAGCAUGACAGCAGAGGAAAUCCCUCAACAGAUGAACGGGAGUGACUGUGGAAUGUUCACUUGUAAAUAUGCAGAUUAUAUCUCUCGGGAUCAACCUCUAACCUUUUCUCAGCAACACAUGCCUGUCUUCAGGAAGAGGAUGGUAUGGGAGGUGUUGCAUAGGCUCUUGCUGUAA